UUUUCCUACUAUGAUCCGCUUAAUCUUUCUCCUCUUAAUCACACUUUUCAUGAUCACCGCCGACGCAUCAAACGACACCACCACCUUCGUCUUCAACGGCUUCGCCAGCGCAAAUCUUCUCUUCGACGGCAUGGCCGCCGUGACAUCGACUGGCCUCCUCCAGCUCACCGAACCCACCGAACAAGGCAUGGGCCACGCCUUCUUCCCAUACCCCUUACCGUUCAAGAACUCCUCCUCCGGCGCCGCCCUCUCCUUCUCCACCUCUUUUGUCUUCUCCAUCGUCCCUACAUACCCAGACCUGACGGGCCACGGCAUCGCCUUUGUCCUUUCCGCCUCCUCCGACCUCUCUCAUGCUCUCCCCAGCCAGUACAUCGGCCUUUUAAACCGAACAAACCUCGGCAACCCUUCCAAUCACCUCAUCGCCGUCGAAUUGGAUACAAACUACAGCCCCGAGUUCGACGACAUCAAUAACAACCACGUCGGUAUAGACGUCAACAGUCUCCGAUCGCUUUAUUCUGCGAACGCUUCCUACUUCUCUGAUGGUGUUGGCACUAAAAACCUUAAUCUUGGGACUGGGAAUUUAACCCAGGUGUGGGUUGAAUACGAUCAGUUCGAAUGCUUGCUCAAUGUGACAUUGGCACCACUUGAGCUACAAAAGCCGAGCGUUCCUCUCCUUUCUUCAUUCAUAAAUCUUUCAUCUCUCAUCACAGAUUACAUGCACAUCGGCUUCUCCUCCGCCAUCGGAUCCUUCCCUACAUCGCAUUAUCUUUUUGGCUGGAGCUUUGCGCUAAAUGGAAGGGCUGAAGCCAUUGAUCUUUCGCUACUUCCUCGGCUACCCAUAACCAUUUCGAAGUCGAAAUUACAUCUUCUGUUGAAAUACGGUCUGCCGGCUAUCGCUGGAGCUAUCCUUUUGGUGGCCGGAAUCGCUACUUGUGCAUUUAUUGGGAUUAGAAGAAGGAUUAAAUUCGCAGAGCUGCUCGAGGAUUGGGAGCGGGAGCAUAGACCUCAGAGAUUCUCCUACAAAGAUUUGUACUUGGCUACCAAGGGCUUCGGAGAUGAAGAGUUCCUGGGGGCCGGAGGAUUCGGGAGGGUCUACAAAGGAGUCCUUCCUAGAACGAAAACUCAGGUUGCAGUAAAGAAAAUCUCACACGAGACACGGCAUGGAAUGCGGCAGUUUGUUGCAGAGAUCAUCAGCAUAGGCCACCUCAGGCAUCGGAACUUGGUUCAACUUCUUGGCUAUUGCCGGCGCAAGGGAGAGCUUCUUCUUGUCUAUGAUUUCAUGCCCAACGGCAGCCUCGACCAACUGCUCUUCGACAAGCCUGAAUCAAUGCUGGAUUGGAAACAGAGACUUCAUAUAAUCAGAGGAGUGGCAUCAGGGCUCUUCUAUUUGCAUGAGGGAUGGACUCAGGUGGUGAUUCAUAGGGACAUUAAAGCAAGUAACAUUCUCUUGGACGCUGAAAUGAAUGGAAGGCUGGGAGAUUUUGGACUAUCGAGGCUUUAUGACCAUGGCAGCGAUCCGCAGACAACUCAUGUGGUUGGGACUUUGGGUUAUCUUGCGCCUGAACUGACGAGGACUGGGAAGGCGACUACUAGCACUGACGUUUAUGCAUUCGGUGGAUUUCUGCUUGAGAUGGCAUGCGGGAGAAGACCGGUUGAGACCAAAGCUUUACCUGAGGAGAUGAUAUUGGUGGAUUGGGUUCAUGAGAACUGGAAGAAAGGAAGGAUUUUGGAGACCAGGGAUCCAAAUUUGUGGAAAUUUAGUGCGGUGGAGAUGGAGCUGGUGCUGAAGCUUGGGUUGCUUUGUUCUCAUCCUAAACCAACGUGCAGGCCGCUGAUGACACAGGUGAUGCAGGUGCUGGAUGGUGACGCGGCACUUCCUGAGGAGUUACUCCAUGAUUGGACUGAAAGCUUCGCGGUGGGCGAUGAGGGAUUGGAAGAUUUAAUUAGUUUGGUUGAUAGUACUUUCUCUAAAUCAAUGGCAGCAUCGAUGGAGUCACCAGGAAACAGAACGGAAAGAUGAAAGCAGCCUUGAAAAAUGCUUUAUGAGCUUGCAGCGCGCGGCAGCUGUGUUGCUGCGCAAUUUGGUGAUGUAGGGAGAAGGGUGUACAGUUGCGUUGCUUGGAAGCUAAUGGUGUAACGAGCAAAAUCGAUCUGCUACUCUGGUGUUUUACCCUUCUUAUGGACAUAGUGAA